AUGCGAGAACGCAGCCCGGACGGCUUGGCAGGACUCGCGCUGCAUGUAGGACUCUUCGGGCACCCCGGGAUGCUGCACAGGGCCAAGUACAGCCGCUUUCGGAACGAGUCCGUCACGUCCUUGGACGAAGGCAGCCCCGGAGGCUCCGUCGGGAACAAGGGCUCCCCGCAGCCUCCCUACCCCGCCCUGGCCCCUCACUUGCCGGCUGAAGAUGCUCCCUCGCCGUCCCAGGAGAGCCCCACCCCACUGUGCACCUUGAUCCCGCGGAUGGCCAGCGUGAAGCUGGCCAACCCAGCCGCCUUGCUGAGUCUGAAAAACUUUUGCUUGGGGACCAAAGAGGUGCCCCGGCUGAAGCUCCAGGAAAGCCAGGAUCCGGCUCCCAGCAGCCCGGCUUCACCCGAAAACAGUCUAAAUAGGUCCGGGUCUGCACCUCCGCAGCAGCAGGACGUGGUGGGGCGCAGGGCAAGCGCCCUAACUCCCGAUGCCUGCCCCCUCCCGGGCCCUGGGGACCCGACCCCCGGGAGCCGGCAGGACAGGCACUUCCUGCAGCACCUGUUGGGGAUGGGCAUGACCUACUGUGUGAAGUACAUGGGCUGUAUUGAAGUGCUGCAGUCGAUGAGGUCACUGGAUUUUGGAAUGAGAACUCAAGUUACAAGGGAAGCAAUAAGCCGUCUGUGCGAAGCUGUCCCUGGGGCAAACGGAGCCACUAAAAAGCGAAAGCCUCCAGUUAAGUUCCUAUCAACAGUUCUUGGCAAAAGUAAUCUUCAGUUUUCGGGAAUGAAUAUAAAACUGACCAUCUCAACAUGCAGCCUUACAUUAAUGAAUCUUGACAACCACCAGAUUAUUGCCAAUCAUCAUAUGCAGUCUAUUUCAUUUGCCUCUGGAGGGGAUCCUGAUACUACAGACUAUGUUGCCUACGUAGCUAAAGAUCCAGUUAAUCAACGAGCCUGCCACAUAUUGGAAUGCCGCAACGGAAUGGCCCAAGAUGUCAUAACUACCAUAGGGCAGGCUUUUGAGCUCCGGUUUAAACAGUAUUUGAAAAAUCCUUCUUUGAGUACUUCCUGUGAAAGUGAGGAGGUCCAUAUUGACGGCCAUGCGGAUGAGAGAGACGAUCAUGAGUAUUACAAUGAAAUACCAGGAAAGCAGCCACCCAUGGGUGGUGUUUCAGACGUGCGGGUCAGAGUUCAAGCCACAGAACAGAUGGCUUACUGCCCCAUACGGUGUGAAAAGUUGUGCUAUUUGCCUGGGAACUCCGACUGCAGCAGCGUCUAUGAGAACUGUUUGGAGCAAAGCAGGGCAAUCGGUAAUGCCCACGAGAGAGCAGUGCCGUCCCAAAGGGACACGGCGUUAAUGAAGCACACGUGUCGAGUGGAUCUCUUCGACGACCCCUGCUACAUCAACACGCAGGCUCUUCACAGCGCACUGGGCUCUGCCCGGAAUCCAAGCUCCGCCCAGCUGCUGGGGAGCCUGUGGCACCGUGAAAAAGCACCUGAAACUGUUCAGCCAGGUGCCACGGCCCAGCGUGCCAGCUCCCAGUCUCUGCCGUACAUUCAGCAGCAGCUGCGGAGUGAAGACUGCUACCACGGCAAGCUGAGCAGGAAGGCAGCAGAGAACCUCUUGGUGAAGGAUGGGGACUUUCUGGUUCGAGAGAGUGCCACCUCUCCUGGCCAGUAUGUGCUGAGUGGACUCCAGGGAGGCCAGGCAAAGCAUCUUCUUCUGGUGGAUCCCGAGGGCAAGGUGAGGACCAAGGAUCAUGUAUUUGAUAAUGUCGGCCACCUUAUCAGAUACCACAUGGAUAAUAGUUUGCCAAUCAUCUCUUCUGGAAGUGAAGUAAGCCUUAAACAACCAGUGAGAAGAGAUAAUAUUCCAGGAUUUUUGCAUUUAAACAAAUGAUAAUAUGGAAAUACCAUCACACUGGUGAUUCAAGAAACUCCAUUUUGUGUUAGGACACAAGGAUGAUUCAAACUUGGUUUCUAGAUAAAAUAGAACACAAACUGUGAAGUGCAUCUUUCGAGACCAUCAUGGACUAAUGAAAACUGAUCUUCAGAAAGUGGAAGUCAGAAGAGGGGAAGAGGAUUGGUCCAUUUGAAAAGUUAUACAUAUGCACGGAUGUCACUUUUUAAGGCCAUAUUGCAUUGAUAACAAGCUAAAAGCACAAUUAAAAUCUCACAUGCUAAAGACAACUUGAAUGAACUGCUGGGGCAGUGGUAUGUGCCUUUCAACUUGAUCAUUAGGGGACAUUUUCAUAUUGGGGAAAUUAGUUCUAAGUGUCUUCAUAUUCUAUAACUACAGAACCAUUUGCCAAAAAAAAAAAAAAAAUCUUUCCUCGUUACAAAAAUAAGGAGCAAUUUGCUUGAUGGAUAUUGACUUGCAUUUUUCUGUUUAUUAGCACUUUCACUGCAAUGUUAAAAUAAAUUUGACAUUGAAUCUGGACUGUGUCUAUGGCAGUGGAAUCAAAUCAAAAGCCACUGAAAGCAUUGGUCUGUUGCAUUGACUUGCCCAUUUGCUGGUUAAAGGGUUGGGGCCCAAAUUGUGUGGCCUAGUAUUUCUCGAUUUUUGCUAUUUGGACUGUUUGUAUGCAGCAUGUGACAAGCUGAAGAGGCCAAAUCUAGUAGUCAUUUCUGAUUUCAUCAUAUUUCUCCCUCCAUCUCUCUGCCCACCAAAAAAAGCUCAUGAGUACAUGGAUUUAAAAGACGGCAAACAAACCAGUGUUCUUCAUAAUUAAUAUCCAAAUUGGUUCUAUUACUAUUUAAAAUGCUGAAUUUAUUUGAAAGGAUGGGGAGAUCUCCUCCUGAUUGGCUGUGACUACAUGAUGGUCCCUCACCUUUUCUACAUAAGAUCAGGCCUAAUGCAGAAGGGAGAAAACAUAGUGAAUGAAACAGUGGGAAAGGUUUGCCGUGUAAAGACACAGUGGUAAAGUGAUGGUAUAAUUAAGCGCUGUGUAGGGGAAAGCGCUGGGCUGGCUGUCUUCAGGGUGACCACGAGCAAGUUGCUGAACCUGUCUGGAUUCCCAUUGCCAUGUCUCUCAUGUGAGAGAACUGGGUUAGGGUCCAUUUCAGCCCUCACAUAAGUCUAUAAAAAGCAAAAUUUCCAUUUAAUGGCAAUGUUGAUCGCCAGUCUGUAUAGUUAAGGUGAAAACUUCAGUAUUCUCUUUUAGUCUGUCUGUCUCUAUACUCAGAAUGAAUGGCACUACUGAGAUCAGCAUUCAGAUAGUGGACACCCAAGCCUUUCAGUAAAAAACAUUGAAACUGUGGCAUACCACAAGUAAAUAUGGUAGAAGUGGAUUUGGUUAUUUUGAGUAGCAAGAAAACUGCUUCAGUCCUCCACUUGCCUUUGCAUGGAGACAUAUGGCCAUUACUAUAAAGUGUUUUUUUCAUCCUCAAUUAUCUGGAUAAUAGUCUUAACUCCACUUCAUUUUGGCUACGUAGAUACAACUUAAUAUUUGUAAUUGUGAUAUAUUUGCUAAGUUUUAAAUAAAGUAUGGGAAACUUCUUUUGGAUAGAAAUAAUCAGAAAUCAAGCAUAAUGAACUCUAAUAUUUUUAUGAAAAGGUUUAUCAUUUUACUUUAUUCUAUUAAUUUCUUAGACAGGUUCGUUUCCUUCUAUACAACUAGGAAAGAAUGUAUUUUUCAUCAAUUUUGCAUACAUCUUAGUUCUUGAGUAUCUGUCCUCAUAAAGGAAGGGGGUCAGGAGGGUAUAGAAUAGAUCAUAGAGACUUAUGGGUGAUCUAAUCACCUUUAUCAGAGACAGAGAAGGGCUGUGGUGUCAGACUGCAGAGCAGUGUUCCCUGGGUAGCAAGAAAGAGUUCCUGGUCCAAAAAAUGCAGAGUAUAAAGGAUGUGAGCAGUGCACAUGGAAAAUCAGUAUUUGACUGUGAUGGUAUCUUAGUUGGAUGAGCUAAUACCAUACUUAUAAACACCACAGACUCUGUGAAAACAGAAAGAAACAACAAAGGGAAUGUUUGAUUGCAUGCUCGUUUACUGACACACUCUCAUCUUCAUCUGUCUUAAAGUGGAAGUCCAUUUGACUAUAAAUACCUGUAAGUGACUUUUCAGAAAAAUAAAUGAUUAUUACUUUGUGACUAUCGACAGUAUAUGUCUGAUGUUUGGGAUUUGGAAAAUGUGUCAUUUGCGGGCUGUGUCAGAGUCCCGACAGGAAACAGAUGGCUCACCUAAAGUGGGUAAUUUGAGAUGUUAAUAAAGGGACUCUGUUUUACAAAGGUGGGGCAGAGUGUGGGAAACCACAGGGGAGGACACAGCCUUGGGGCCAGGGAAGGGGGAGGGAGGAGACAGUAGCAGAAGGUGAGAGAGCUGUGGGAAGGCUGCUUUUUAGGAGCUAUGGCUACGAUGGAGGGACUCAACCAGUCUUGGUGGCUCCAAAACCAGGGUCAUUAUUCCACAAAUGGUGUUGGAGAAAUCGGACCUCUGGAGGCAAAAGAGUGAACCUCACAUUUUACAUAAACUUUAACUCAAUGCAUUAUGAGCAUGAAUGUAAAACUUUUUUUUAAAUUAAUUAAAGCUUUAUUGUUCAGAUUA